UUACGUCACCGCUUUAGCUAGCAGGUCUGAGAAGCAACAUGGCAGCGACCGCAGCUCUGUGUAGACUAUCCCGGCUGGGCUCUUACAGCUUCAAGAGGAGCAGAGGAUUGAUAUUUAACAGAGUUCAGAGCCGGGGGAUCGCAGCCUGCAUCGACCCUUCAAUUGGUCUCACAGAUGAACAGAAGGAAUUUCAGAAGGUGGCAUUUGAUUUUGCUGCCAAUGAAAUGGCACCACAUAUGGCAGAAUGGGACCAAAAUGAAAUGUUUCCAGUGGAGACCAUGAGAAAAGCUGCACAGUUGGGUUUUGGGGGGAUCUAUGUGCAGCCAGAGGUUGGAGGUUCAGGACUGUCUCGGCUCGACACCUCAAUCAUUUUUGAAGCUCUGUCCACGGGCUGUGCCAGCACCACCGCCUACAUCAGCAUUCACAAUAUGUGUGCCUGGAUGAUUGACACGUUUGGUAGUAAUGAGCUGAGAGAGAAGUUCUGUCCUGAUCUGUGCUCCAUGGAGAAGUUUGCCUCCUACUGUCUGACAGAGCCUGGUAGUGGAAGUGAUGCAGCGUCUCUAUUGACCAACGCAAAGUUACAAGGAGACCACUAUGUUUUGAACGGCUCAAAGGCUUUCAUCAGUGGAGGCGGGGACACAGAUGUGUAUGUGGUGAUGUGUCGUACCGGCGGGAAGGGUCCUAAAGGGAUCUCCUGUGUGGUGGUGGAGAAGGGAACUCCAGGACUCAGUUUUGGCAAAAAGGAGAAGAAGGUGGGCUGGAACUCUCAGCCGACGAGAGCAGUAAUAUUUGAGGACUGCGCAGUUCCUGUGACUAAUCGUCUGGGGGUGGAGGGACAGGGCUUCAAUAUUGCCAUGAAAGGUCUGAAUGGGGGCAGGAUUAACAUCGCUUCCUGCUCUCUGGGGGCGGCUCAUGCGAGUGUUCAGCUGGCCCGAGAUCAUUUAUGCGUACGCAAGCAGUUUGGGGAAACGCUUUCAAACAGCCAGUUCCUGCAGUUUAAGCUUGCUGAGAUGGCCACCAGAUUGGUAGCGUCUCGGCUGAUGGUGCGUCAGGCGGCUGUGGCUCUACAGGAGGACAGGCCGGAUGCUGUUGCGCUUUGCUCAAUGGCCAAACUCUUUGCUACAGAUGAGUGCUUUUCAAUAUGUAACCAGGCUCUCCAGAUGCACGGCGGAUAUGGUUAUCUUAAGGAUUAUGCAGUGCAGCAGUUUGUUAGAGAUAUAAGAGUGCAUCAGAUACUGGAAGGUACGAAUGAAGUGAUGAGGAUGAUCAUUGCCAGGAAUUUAUUGACCGAGUCUUGAUCUUCUUCAUCCUGGACUUCAAGUACAGAAUGGACUCCUUCACUCUGGUUCUGGGCUCUUGUGCACAACACUAACCACAACUUUCGUUUUUUAAACUCUGAGUAAAGAGCUGGACAGAAUUGUACGGUUUGGGGUUGUAGGUAAAAAUCUUAGCUGUAUUAUUGUGCUAUAUUCCAAAUUCAGAUCUAAUUAAAAAGAAAUAGAAAAUUGCAUAGAGAUUAUAUAUUUGAUUACACUCCACUGUGAAGUGUCUUUAAUGUUGUUUCUUUUUUCUUUAUCAUUUCAUUGUUAAAAAAUCUUGUUAAACCCACUGAAUGCCUUAUUUGUCCUUCUGUAUGUAUGUGUGUAAUUUCACUGUCAGAGCAGCAUAAACCUGUUUAUGUCUUAUAUUUGGCUGAUAAUGAAUUAAAGAAGAACUCUGGUGUAAAAUGGACUUUUGUUGUAGUAAAACAUGAUAAAAAUACUUACCUUUGUUGAAUAGCACACCUCCGUUCUCCCACAGCUUCCUGAGAUCUGGUACUUUGUGCUUUUUGCCCAGCAGCCGGCACCAGGAGGCAGGCUAUGUGGAGUCUAUGUAUAUAUGACUGUCAUUAUCAGUGCAAAGAUGGAGGCUUGAAAGAGCUGAAAAGCCAGGGGCACAGGAUGUAAACAGUGCUUUUAAUAAGCUUCUUGUGCAUUUUUUAAGUUAUUAAUGCCUCGUUUCAAAUCUCAGGGCUCUCCGGAUUCUAGCAAGGAGGUGUGGAGCUACUUUGAGUUGGAUUAUGGUGUAAAAAGCGAUUUAUUGGAUCUCAGAAAGCUGCAGGAGAGCAGUGGUGGGCUAUUUAACAAAGAUAAGUACUUUUAAUCAUGUUUUACUACAACAAAAGUCAAUUUUACACUGGAGUUCUCCUUUAAAGACACCAGGGUUAAGCAUGUAAGUUAUAUUAGAGGCAGUUAUAAAGUCUGUAAGCAACCUUCAUCUGCAGUAUUCAAACCUAAGAAAAUAGGUUUAAUUUAAAUCAUGAUAAAUGCCGUUUAGUGGUCCAAGCACCUGCAUUGAAGCCCUUGCAGUUCAGGAUUAAGCAUAAUAAUAUAAAGCCGCUCUGACUGCAAGUGUGUAAUAAAUGGGAGAGAAAAGUUUAAUUCUUCAGUAAAAUCUCAACCAUUUCAAUGUAUAUCCAUUUCCUGCUUAUGUAGGUACAGUAACACUGAAGAUAGAGUUUAUUUUUCCCAAAUUUUUAUCCCAUUUUCUACCCAAAUAUACAGACUUCCCCUAUUACUAUUGAUGCCUCAACACCAGGACAGUAAAGACUAGCAAACGCCUCCUCCAAUACAUGUGAAGUCAGACUCCGCCUCUUUUUGAACUGCUGCUGAUGCAGCAUUGCCGAGUAGCAUCACAGCGCUAACUCUUGGAGGAAAGCGCAGCGACUCGGUUCUGAUACAUCAGCUCACAGACGCAGCCUUGUGCUGAUUGACAUCACCCUAGGAGUGAUGAGAGGAAAGAGCGCCAUCUACUGUACCCACCCAGAGAGAGCAAGGCCAAUUGUCUUUUUACUGAGUUUUUAGAGUUUGUUAAAAACUUGCAUAAACCUACAUAUGCACAAAAAAUAUCACAUUAUAAGGGGUCCUGAUUUAAAGUUUAUUGUAAAAAAAAAAAACAACCUUUUUAAGUGUUUCUAUCGGUUUAUGAUCCCUUAAGAUUUAUGAUCCCUUUAGUGAAGUGUUGCCAUGUUUUCCAUGCAGCUGGUGAGCUGUAGUUAUGCUUUGGACUGAUGUUAAAUGAAACUGUGUGGGAUUGCUGCUCUAUAUCUUGACUGUUACCCAGCCUUGAUCCAUUUCCAAGGAUCACCCUUACACUUGCAUUGAUUAAAUGUUAAUUUGUCAGUGAA